CUGACGGGAUAGGUAGGGUCGGUGUCUGGUUCCCGGCUGAGACUGCGCGGUGUCGGGCCGGCGGGACUGCAGAAUGGGCUGAGGCGGCGGCGGCUGUCCGGACGAGGUCGACUGAGGGGCGAAGGGCGCGGCACUGGUCCAGGACCCUAAGACGCCUGGUUUGAGGAGCGGGUGGGACCGAGGUUUUCUUGGGCCCCAAGGCCUGACCUGUUGGCGACUGCAGCUUUGCGGGAACCUCAUAUUUGACGCGGGCAUGUGGAGACCCCACUCAUGAUGAAUAGAAGAAGCUGGGCUUGAAAAUGGAGAUGUAUGAAACCCUUGGAAAAGUGGGAGAGGGAAGUUAUGGAACAGUCAUGAAGUGUAAACAUAAGGAUACUGGGCAGAUAGUGGCCAUUAAGAUAUUUUAUGAGAAACCAGAAAAGUCUGUCAACAAAAUUGCAACGAGAGAAAUAAAGUUGCUAAAGCAAUUUCGUCAUGAAAACCUGGUCAAUCUGAUUGAAGUUUUUAGACAGAAAAAGAAAAUUCAUUUGGUGUUUGAAUUUAUUGACCACACAGUAUUAGAUGAGUUACAUUAUUGUCAUGGACUAGAGAGUAAACGACUUAGAAAAUACCUCUUCCAGAUUCUUCGAGCAAUUGAAUAUCUUCACAAUAAUAAUUUAAGUAUCAUUCAUCGAGAUAUAAAACCUGAGAAUAUUUUAGUAUCCCAGUCAGGAAUUACUAAACUCUGUGAUUUUGGUUUUGCACGAACGCUAGCAGCUCCUGGAGACAUUUAUACGGACUAUGUGGCCACACACUGGUAUAGAGCUCCAGAAUUAGUAUUAAAAGAUACAUCUUAUGGAAAACCUGUGGAUAUCUGGGCUUUGGGUUGUGUGAUCAUUGAGAUGGCCACUGGAAAUCCCUAUCUUCCUAGCAGCUCUGAUUUGGAUUUACUUCAUAAAGUUGUGUUAAAAGUAGGCAAUUUGACACCUCACUUGCAGAAUAUCUUUUCCAAGAAUCCCAUUUUUGCUGGGGUGGUCCUUCCUCAAGUUCAACACCCCAAAAAUGCAAGAAAAAAAUACCCAAAGCUAAAUGGAUUGUUGGCAGAUAUUGUUCAUGCUUGUUUACAAAUUGAUCCUUCUAAGAGGAUAUCAUCUACUGAUCUUUUGCAUCAUGAAUAUUUUACUAGAGAUGGAUUUAUUGAAAAAUUCAUACCAGAACUGAGAGCUAAAUUGCUACAAGAAGCAAAAGUCAAUUCAUUCAUAAAGCCAAAAGAGAAUUCUAAAGAAAAUGAAUUUAUGAAAGAUGAUAGAAAAACAAUUUAUACCAAUACACUGCUAAGUACUUCAGUUUUGGGAAAGGAAAUGGAAAAAGAGAAAAAGCCCAAGGAAAUCAAAGUCAGAGUUAUUAAAGUUAAAGGAGGAAAAGGAGAUAUCUUAGAACCAAAAAAGAUAGAGUGUGAAGGUGGACAUUGUCAACAGGAUGCAGCUGAAACUGCUCAUACUAUGUCUCAAGAUAUAAAACCUGUAAUCAGUGAACCACCAAACCCUGUCAAUCCCAGCACUAACUCUAUGGUCAUGAAAGACAAUCCACAUGCUGGAAGUAGUAUGGUGAUGCCACCCAUCAGUCUAACUAGCAGGAAUUUGAUGGCUUCAAAUCCUAAUUCAAAUCUCUCCCAUUACAAUUCAAGGUGA